GUGCACAUUAGAAGACCCAUCAUUCAUCAAUCUUCUCUGCCUUUCUGAUCAUCGUUCCAUUUCGCACGUUCGACGAUCACCCAGUUAAGACAACUCAGCUCCUACUUCUCAACCAGACACAGCAAAUAUGGCUGAUCGAGACUCCCUCACCUCCCGAACUCUACCUUUCAUAACACUCUCCGAUGGCUCGUUGGCUUCCAAGACCGGACCGCCCCCACCGCUCCCUCACUAUCUCAAUGCCGAAGGUCGAGCACUGGCACGUUUUGCAGUGGAGGGCAAUGUCGUGAUCACUGGUGGUGCUGGCACUCUCGGACUUUCUGCCGCUCGAGCACUACUCGAACACGGUGCAUCUGGUAUAGCGCUGUGGGAUCUCGAAAGCACGCUACGAACCUCACAGACGUCCAUUCUCGCUCUAGCAAAGGACUUUCCCAAGACACGAGUCUUCAGCAUCGGUGUCGACGUCACAGACGUAGAAGGCAUUGCUGAAGCCGUUACAACCGUCGUCAAGACACUGGGAUCCUUGGACCAUCUCUUCUGUUUCGCCGGAAUCGUCGGCUGUGUACACUCCAUGGAAAUGACGGAAGCACAAUGGCGGAAGACCUUGGACGUGAACACGACCGGUUCGUUUCUCUGUGCUCAAGCUGCGGCAAAGCAGAUCGCCUCCCAGGACAACGGCGGCUCGAUCACCUUCAUUGCAUCGAUUAGCGGUCACCGAGUGAACUUUCCUCAAGCUCAGGUUGCCUACAAUGUGUCGAAAGCAGCCAUCAUAUCUCUCAAGUCCAGCCUGGCCGCAGAGUGGGCUGUACAUGGUAUUCGUGUCAAUUCGAUCUCGCCUGGGUACAUGGACACCAUUCUCAACGCUGGAGAGGGAAGCAUUGCUGAAGCGCGCGAUGUCUGGGCUGCAAGAAAUCCCAUGGGAAGAAUGGGUGCAGUUGGCGAGCUCGAUGGCAUGUGCGUGCUGCUGGCGAGCCGGGCAGGUAGCUACAUCAAUGGCUCGGAUCUUGUGAUUGAUGGUGGCCAGAUAGCUUUCUAGGCUCAUACUCAGCGCAGAAUGGGGAAGACAUAGAUUAUCCUCUCCUUGCAUCUCAUGCAGAAUCACAUCGCUGCAUAUAACCAAGAUUUCCUGAUCAGUCACCUUUUAAGCUAU